AUGGGCGUCACAGGGUUGCUACAACAACUUAAAGAUAUCCAAGAGAAAAAAAACUUAGCCCAUUAUAGAGGUAAGACUUUGGCUGUGGACACCUACGGAUGGCUCCAUCGAGGUCUCAUAUCUUGUGCUCAAGAUCUAUGUAACGAUGCCCCAACCAGAAGCUAUAUAACCUCCGUCAUGAAGAAGGUAGAUAUGCUUCGGUAUUUCGGAGUUGAACCCUACAUGGUGUUCGAUGGCUCCCUGUUGCCAACUAAAGAAGCGACAAACGCUGAACGUGCAGCUAAAAGAGAUAAAGCGAGGGAAACAGCUAUAAUGUACACUAAAAAAGGUGAUCGAAAGCUGGCAUGGAAAGAGUACAUGAAAGCAGCUGGUGUGACGCCUGAAAUGGCCAAGUCGAUUAUGGUCGAGCUUGACAGAAAGCAUGUAAAGUACGUUGUGGCACCCUACGAAGCGGACCCUCAAAUGGUGUAUCUUGAGAAGAUUGGCCUUGUAGAUGGCAUUUUAUCCGAAGAUUCAGACUUGCUCAUCUUUGGCUGUCAACGUCUUAUCACGAAACUCGAUGAUUACGGAAACUGCGUGGAGAUCGACCGAGAUAACUUUUGCAAGAUCAAAAAACCUAACUUGGCACAGUAUUCUCAAGAGCAGCUUCGCUGGGUGGCGAUUCUCUCCGGAUGUGACUACACUAAAGGGAUUCCCGGUGUUGGUCUCAAAACCGCCUUCAACUUGGUGCAAAAGCUGGGAUCAUUAGACAGGAUUGUCCAUGCCCUACAGGCGGAGAGGAAAGAAAUUCCGGAGGCUUUCCUCGAUGAGGCGCUCAAGGCGACUUUGGCAUUUCAGUACCAAAAGGUGUUCAAUCCUGUCAAGCAGGCUCUAGCUACUCUUCAAGAUUAUCCUAAGAACCAUGACCUUGAUAUGGAGAUAGUUGAGCUCUGCUGCGGAAGAACAUUAGAGGCACAUAUUCAUCAUGGCAUUUGCAAUGGUAAACUACACCCCUCGACCUUUCAGACAUUGAUGUCGAGAGAACAGAAUUUGGCCACAAGGAGUACUUCCAUGGUGAUCACACAGUCGAAGCACACAAGUAAUAUGAAAAAAGCAGAGUCCUUUGGAGGAACUCUCACAAAAUCCAUUCAAAGUUUCUUUCAAGUUGACGAUCUACACAAGCCCUCGACUCAGGAAAAGAGAAGUAAGGCAAGCAUCGUUGACGAGAAGAAGCUCUCUCCGACAAGCAAGAAACUUAAGCGCAUAAGUCAGAAUUGUCGAAGCGACAAAGGUAAAACGAGUGAGUUUUUCAAAUCCAAGGCAGCAUCAGUCGCAGGCAUUAACAAUGACGCCGUCAUUCAAGCACUAGAAGACUCUAGCUUUAUAACGGGUGACUCCGAUGUCCCCGAAAGUCUGCCAUUAAAACCGGCACUGGUAUUCGAAGAUAAAGUAUCGAAUACGCGAACCAGUGAGCAGUAUCUCACAGAUGUGGAUGAUGACUUUGAUGACAGUCAGCAGAGUGAACUACCAGACACUAACUCAAUAUUAGAAAGCAGCAUGGCAUGUCCGCCCAAGCUCAAAUCAACUAUCUCGUUUCCUACUGAUGUUGACGAAGAUGAUCUGAUCAACAAUUUACAGCAAACGCCUAUGAAGUUGCAACGCAUCAGUCUUUCAUGGAGACAAAAAUUUCUGCUUGGCGCAGAAGAUGGUUUACAGAAAAGUGCCGCUCAGAAACUCAAGGUCUUUGAAAGCGAUGCUUCCCUGGAUCCCGUAACACCUGACGAUGAAGACUUGCGCACAAGUGUGAGUCAGCCCAAGUCACUGCAAAAGGAAGAGUAUAUUCUUAGCGAGAGUGAUAAGGAAAACGAGGAGAUCAUACCUCCUCGAAGCACGGGGUUCAAACUACUGCGGUUUGCAUUUACCGGGCAUUAA